GUAAGGGGCUCUGGAGACUGCCUCAGAGGGCCUGGGUGUGAGGGCCAGAGGGCAGAGGCCCAGAGAGACACAGCAAAGGAACAACACAGAGAGAAAGAAACAGAAGGAGCCCCAAAGGGACAAGGACCCCAACAUUCAUCCACAUAGCCAUAGCCACAGUGGGAGCCAGCCCUGGGAGCAGCUCUGCUGCCUGUCUGUCCCCAUGGGUCACUGUGGGCCAUGGCUGCACACUUCUGUCCUCUGGGCUGCAGUGGCCAGCCUGCUUCUCCCCACUGCCGUGACCCAGCAGCUGAGAGGGGCUGGGCCGGGGCCCAGAAACUGGAACAACAAUGCAGGAGCUUCGGGGCCCUCAGAGGACGCGUCGGGCAAGUCUGGCCACCCCACGCACAGCCAUAGAGGCCACGGAGAUGAGAACAAGGAUGUUUCCACAGAGAGUGGGCAUCAUUUCUGGGGCCACGGAGACCACAGAGAAGAGGACGAAGAUGUCUCCAGAGAAUCCCAAGACCGUAGGUACCAAGGCCACAAGGUGGGAGAUGAGAACAUCUCUGAUGAGGAGGAAUAUACAGAGCAUGCUCAGCAGGCCCGUGGGCACGGGAGCCAUGGGAGUGAAGACCCGGAUGAUUCAGCUGGGCACGGGCACCACUUCCCCAGCCACGGGAGCCAGGGCCAUCAAGAUGAGGACGAAGACGAAGUUGUGUCCAGUGAGCGUCACCAUCAUAUCGUCAGGCGUGUGCACCGAGGCCAUGGAGAAGAGGAGGAUGAAGAAGAGGAAGGGGAGGAUGUCUCCACUGAGUAUGGACACCAGGUCCACAGACACCGAGACCCUGGGAAGGAAAGGGAUGAAGAUGUCUCAGAUGAACACCACCAUCAUAUCCUUAGCCACAGACAUCAAGGCCACAGAGACAAGGAAGAGGAGGAUGAGGAUGUGUCCACUGAACACUGGCACCAGGUUCCCAGAUAUACCCACCAUGGCCUUGGUGACGACGAGGAGGAAGAGGAGGAGAUCACAGUAGAGUUCAGCCACCAUGUUGCAAGCCACCAACCCCAAGGCCAUGAGAGCGCUAAGGAGGAGGACUUCCCAGAGGAAUCUGAAAGAGCAGUCCCUGGCCAUCACCACCACGGAGUCCCCAAGGAGGAAGAUGAGGACAUCUCUGCCAAGCUUGGCCACCAGGCUCCCAGCCACAGGCAGCAAAGCCACAGAGAUAAAGGGACUGGCCACAGAGGGUCCAUCAAAGAGGAGACUAGCCCCCAGCCCCCAGGACACACGGGGGUGAAGGAUAGAAGCCAUUUAAGGGAGAGUGAUUCUGAGGAGGAAGAGGAAGAGAAGGAAGAGGAUCACAGCUCCCAUGAAGAAGAGGAUGAAGGUUCAGAGGAGGGAGGAGAAGGUACCCACCAUGGCAGCCUGGACCAGGAGGAGGAGGAAGACAAGGAGGAAGGUCAUGGCCUCAGCCUGAGCCAGGAGGACGAAGAAGAAGAGGAGGAAGAGGAGGAGGAAGAAGAGAAGGAGGAGAGGAGGGAAGAGAGGGCUGAGGUUUGGGUCCCACUGAGCCAAGACCACCAGGAGGAAGAAGAUGAGGAGGAGGGGCUGGAGGAGGAUGAGCCCCCCUUCACCAUCAUCCCCAACCCACUGGCCAGGAGGGAGGUGUCUGGAGGUGCCUCCAGUGAAGAGGAGAGUGGUGAGGACAUGGAUCAGCAGGAUGCCCAGGAGUACGGGAACUACCAGCCAGGGUCCCUGUGUGGCUACUGCUCCUUCUGCAACCGAUGCACUGAAUGUGAGAACUGUCACUGUGACGAGGAGAACAUGGGAGAGCACUGCGACCAGUGCCAGCACUGUCAGUUCUGCUACCUCUGCCCGCUGGUCUGCGAAACUGUCUGCACUCCGGGAAGCUACGUCGACUAUUUCUCCUCGUCCCUGUACCAAGCCCUGGCAGACAUGCUGGAAACUCCGGAAACCUAACCCAGACACACGGCUGCGGCGCAGAUACAUCUCCCUGGCCCUCCAACCCCUUUCCACGGGCCAUAUUUAUUUCUCUGAAUAAACGUGCUCCCCGAAACCUCA